GUGGCGGGAAGCGGAACUCUGGAAGGUUCACCGCGGCUUCUGGUCGGACCCGGGUCGCAGUGCACCACGGGUGCUGCACAGGCGGCAUGGAGGACCGCGGCGAUUCCGAGCCUUCUGCGGGCUCCAGCGGCCCAGAGCUGGGCGGCGCUCGCGGUGGCGGUGGCGCUCGCUCGUGGGCCCCGGAGGACGCCUGGAUGGGCACCCACCCUAAGUACUUAGAAAUGAUGGAAUUAGAUAUAGGAGAUGCCACUCAAGUUUAUAUAGCAUUCUUGGUAUACCUGGAUCUCAUGGAGAGUAAAAGUUGGCAUGAAGUAAACUGUGUGGGAAUCCCAGAACUGCAGCUCAUCUGCCUACUUGGCACUGAGAUAGAAGGGGAAGGGUUACAGACUGUCGUGCCCACACCCAUUUCUGCUUCCCUUAGCCACAACAGGAUAAGGGAAAUCUUGAAGGCGUCUAGAAAAUUACAAGGUGAUCCAGAUUCGCCAAUGUCUUUUACUUUGGCCAUAGUGGAGUCAGAUUCUACAAUAGUCUAUUACAAACUUACUGAUGGAUUUAUGCUGCCAGAUCCCCAGAAUAUUUCUCUUAGAAGAUGACAUCUAUGAAAGAUUGGAUUUGAGGCCCAUCAGCCCUCUUUGCCUUUUAUUUCAGAGAUAGUCAGGGUUGACUUUGCUGGUUCCAUACCGUGAGCAUUUUUUUCAGAAUGAGAUGUACACAGGUUGAAGAUUCUAUAUCUCUUGCAAAUUAGAGCGGUUGCCCUAGAACUUUAUCAGAGACAGUAUAAUUACAGUUAUCUUCAGGUUUACGCCAAGGAUGUGUUCAGAGGUGUGCUGCCUCUGCCCUCACCUGUAGCUGCCAUCAUGAGCUCAUUGUUGAAAGAAGCAUUUUCCUUACUCAUUGUGACCAGCUUAGAAUGGCAGUCAUAAACCCUCUGCUGCCUGAGAGCUCCUUCUGCCUGCAUUUUAAUCCUCAGUAGAAGCUGACCUAUUUUCCUGUUACAGUUACUUUUCUCUUUGGUUGACUUUAAAUCAGAACUAAAAACAUGCUCAUCCAGGGUCAUAAAUUUACCUGUCUGGAUUAAUAGGUACCAGAGAAUUGUUUCUUUCCAAUCUUAUCACCACUGUCCUUAUUGUAUUAUAGCUAGAAUAUUACAAGAAUAUGAAGAAUAUUAUCAGCCUUAAAAUGUCUUUAUUAAUUAAACUCAUUUAUUCUGCUUGCAUUAAUAUCCCUCAACAUAGCCAAAGGAAAAAUUAUGUGCACAAACAUUUUAUAAGUGGAAUUACUUUUAAUAGCCCAAAUUGUGAAUCACUAAAAAGUUUAGGUCAGAUACGUUACAUGUUAGACUUUGUAGGCCAUAGUGUCUCUGUCCCAGCAUGACUUGUAGCAUGGAAACAGCCAUCCAUAGCCAUGUAAAUAAAUGGGCAUGGCUGUGUGCCACUAAAACUUUAUUAACAAGAGUGGGACCAUCAUUACCAUCCCCUGGUCUAGGCAGUCAACAGAUAUCUAUGAAUGAUACAUUGUACAAUUAUUAAAAAUUGGUAAUGAAUAUUAUGAAAAACACAAGAAAGUGCUAGAGUGAAAAAAAUUACAAGACGCAGAGCAUGUGAAUGUGGCUAUGGCAGUAGAUAACACCAAGUUAUGAGACUAGAUGAUCAGCAGAGCUGUGGCUAUAAUCGAAUGGCAGGGCAGCCAAAGGAUGUUUCAGUUGUUACCUGUAUUACUUUUAUAAUAAAAUGUUUUAAAAUAAAAAACUCCUGAAAUCUGCA